UGAUGAUUUGAGACAUUUUAGUAUUUCGCCAGACGUUGCGGUGAGCGGUAAUGGAACGAACGAAACGGAUAAAAUCCCGGACCGAAACAACAGGCCGCCAAUACUGACAGUUGAAAGUAAUUGGAGCCCCAAUCACUGAAUGUUGAAGCAUUAAUAGCAACUGUAAAACACCUGUCAAGUGCGAUAAUAGCGGGUCAUCGUGUGGCAAGCAGAGCAAAUGUGAAGUGAAAUAAUUAUAUUUUGAGAUUCCAUUCACAUACAAACACCACGCUCUCCUCAGGUCUUCAAGAGCAGGGCCUUUGAUGUCUGACUGAACAGAUACGCCCUAUAUACGACGCAUCGCAUGACUCUGGAGCAGCGGCCAAGUGACUUAUUAUUGAACAAGUAUCAAGAUAUCUACAAGAGAUAUUUUCUGGGUAAGGGAUAAAAUGUCACAUUCAGCAUCUGGACCGGCAACAGACGUAUUGGACUUUGAUGAAAUACUCAAUCAAAUUGGGGAAUUCGGACGCUAUCAGCGGCGGAACUAUCUGCUUAUCUGUCUCCCGGUUCUCUUCGCCGCUGCAAACAGUCUGUCGUAUGUGUUCACGGCUGGCACGCCCACCUAUCGCUGCUACGUACCUGGGUGUGACAGCAUCGAGGCGCCAGACUACCAAGCCGACUGGGUGCCCAUAGCGGUGCCUGGUACUUGGAACAAGAAGGGCUCCUUUAAGCCAGCCAUCUGUGAACGAUAUGUGGCCAAUGAGACGAGUACUUUCAGCUGGGAGUCUCUGCAAGCGGAACAAUGCACGGCCGCUAACUUCACACAGGAGAAGGAACGUUGCCUGCAGUUCGUGUACGGUAGCCAGGAGCGAACCAUUUUGCAGGAGUGGCAGCUGAUGUGCGAAGAGAAUGCCUGGAAGCUGGCAUUUGUGGGAACGACACAUUUUGCGGGUCUGGUGAUCGGUACCGCGUUAUUCGGUUACCUUGCCGAUCGAUUUGGACGCAAGCGCAUAUUCCUGUUCUGCAUCCUUUUCAUGGCUGUGACUGGAAUAGCGCAGGCCCUGGCAUGGGAUUACAUCAGUUUUCUGAGCUUUGCCCUGCUAAAUGCCGUUGGCACCUCCGGCGUGUAUCCGCUGGCCUUCAUCAUUGGCGUGGAGAUGGUGGGUCCGAGGAAGCGGGAGAUGUCCUCCAUUGUGCUCAACUACUUCUAUGCGGUGGGCGAGGCCCUGUUGGGGCUGUCCAUGUUCCUUUCCGAUUGGCGGCAGUUGCAGCUGGUCCUUUCCAUACCACCGCUGAUAUUUUUGGGGUACUUUUGGAUUGUGCCGGAGUCGGUGAGAUGGCUGCUGGCUCGCAACCAGCGGGAGAAGGCUGGCGUGAUUAUUCGGAGAGCGGCGGAGGUCAAUCGCCGGGAUAUUUCCAUCGAGUUGCUGGCCAGUUUCAAGCAGCAGGAACUGGACAUGGAAAGUACCGCCUCCGAUCAGAAGGAGAAACAGGAAAAUAGCCAAAUUUGGCUGGCCGUCAAGGAGGUGUUUGCAUCUCAUAUUCUGAUCGUUCGCUAUGCGAACAUGCUCUUCAUUUGGGCCGUCAAUGCCAUCGUCUACUACGGACUCUCCUUGAACUCGACCAGUUUGAGUGGCAACAAGUAUCUCAACUUUACCCUGGUCUGCCUUGUGGAAAUCCCCGGCUACAGCUUGGCGUGGCUGUGCCUGCGGAAGCUUGGCAGACGCCUGGCUCUGUCUGGAUCCCUGCUGCUCUGUGCGGUCACAUGUGUGGCCAGCGGCUAUUUGACUAUGAGGGCCAACUGGUUAAUUGUGUCGCUCUUUCUCAUUGGAAAGCUUGGCAUUACGUCCUCGUUCGCCGUCAUCUAUACGUACACCGCGGAAAUGAUGCCAACGGUCAUACGUAGUGGAGGCGUUGGCGUCAUGUCCACCUUUGCUCGCUGUGGAGCCAUGCUGGCUCCCUUUGUGCCGCUGCUGGGAUCAUACUACGAGCCCCUUCCGCUGCUGCUCUUUGGAGCCGUCUCGCUGAUGGCUGGUCUCCUCUCGCUGCUGCUGCCGGAAACCUUUCACAUGAAGCUGCCCGAUACGGUGGAAGAGGCCAUCGCUUUGGGCAAAUAAUAAAGGCAGGCAGUUGUUGUAGGAGCCAUUCCUGCGUAUACAAUCUCUCAUCAAUUAGACUUAAAUUAUAUAAUUUGAUUAAUCUUAGGACUGUACACGUUAGUAAACGUUUGCACACCUCGUAUGUAACAAGUAACAAGUGUCUCCAAUCUCCUGCUUCUUAUGUAUUAAUC